AUGCUCAUCUGUUCAUUGGUACUUUACUUUGAGGAUCUUGAUGACUUGAUGGCAGCAGCUCUUAUGUGUUAUGGUUUCAUGUUAGGAAAAUCUUCAGCUUCUUAUCAUGUUCUGGAGAAUCGAGAUUUUCAGUCCUCUCUUACCGUUAUAAAUGCAGAUCCAAAGGGGCUAUUUCCUCCAGAGCCUACACCGUACAAGGGACCAAAGCUGAAAGUAGUUGCAGGCAUGUCAACUGCUCUAGAGCUUCUGGAUCAGGGUCACGAGGUGGGUAUAUAUGAUAUGAUUCAAGGACAUUCAUUGGUGGGUUCUUUUGUAGAUAGGCGAGGGAAUCAUAUCGAAAUGCCACAACGUGUUUUCUACGGAUGCUACAAUAAUCUCUUCCGCUUGAUGAUAAAGGUUUCUGUUUUCCAAAGCUUCCGCUCAAGUUUGCUUGAUAAUUGA